CUCUCCACUGGUCGGUCCUCCUACGUAGUACGAUCUCAGACUCGGAGCAAGUGUGCCGGCCGGGGAGGAGACAUGGCGGACUGGGCCCCGGUGUUCAUCGCGCUGGUGCUCUUCGUCCUCCUCUCGCCGGGGCUGCUCUUCCAGGUCCCGGGCAAGAACAGGUUCCUGGAGUUCGGCAACAAGCAGACCAGCGGCGUCUCCGUGCUCUUCCACGCCGUCAUCUACUUCGCCCUCAUCGCCAUCUUCACCCUCGCCGUCCGCGUCCACGUCAUCCUUGGUUGACAGGCAUGGCAGACGCCGGAAACCACAGUUUGAAUUUUCAUGUACACUACUACUACUUGUGAUGAUCCGCUGUGUGCGAUCUUUAAUGUCUCUUAACACGAACUAGAGGAACAGUCGUGGCCCGGUUAUAGCUUUGUUUGGCCUUUUCUUGUUGCAGGGGUAUGUUGUCAAAUGCAAGAAGCAUCCUUGCUUGUAAUGGCGUAGUAAUUGAUAUUGCAACAUCAUUUGUGUGACUUGUGCCCAAUUUUUUUUUUUUGCGAGGGGUGACUUGUGCCUAAUUGAUAUUACAAUGUUGCAAUCCGGAGCACCCAUUUUCUGUAUGUGCCAUCUGACACCUAGUCCAGUUCGAUAUUUCCAAGCAAAAAUAAAUAAAUCUAGUGUGAUACUGUAUGUCAUGCCAUGUAUUUCAAACCUUGUAGACUCAUUGUUUCAGUUGUUAGAAUAAAUCCAA